GGAAAAAGGCAGUCACUUUGUUGUGCCCAACAAUAGACACCACCAUGGAAGUAGUGUUUAUCUUUAACAAACACCAAAAUGUCUGCCUCUGAACUUGCUACAAGUUACUCCGCUCUCAUCUUGGCUGACGAGGGUAUCGAAAUUUCCUCUGACAAGCUUUUGGCUUUGACCAAGGCUGCUAAUGUCGAAGUUGAACCCAUCUGGGCUUCUAUCUUUGCCAAGGCUCUUGAGGGCAAGGACUUGAAGGAACUCCUCUUGAACAUUGGUUCUGGUGCUGCCGCUGCCCCUGUUGCUGCUGGUGCCCCUGCCUCCGCUGGUGAAGCUCCUGCCGAGGAGAAGAAGGAAGAGGCCAAGGCCGAAGAAGAGUCAGAUGAAGAUAUGGGAUUCGGUUUGUUUGAUUAAAAUGACUGUCAAUGAGAAUCUAUGUAUCUUUUCAGCUGUUCUUCAAAUAUUUGGCAUUUAAUAGGCAUUUCCAAAGUGUAAAAAGGA